UUUCUUUCUGACCACAAUUUUUGCUCCCCUCUUGAGAAGACGCUCUUAACUCUUUCUCUCUCUCUGCAGCACAGUUUGAAAAAGCUCUCUCUCUCUCUCUCUCUCUCUCUCUCUCAACCUUCCCUUCGAUCUCGGUGUUUGGAUCUGUCGGUGGACGACCAAUCGCUCGUUGCUGAGACGGCUGCCGUGCUCGUGGAUUUGGAAUUCCGUGUCUGAUUUGAUCAGUUAAAGAUCAAAGCCAAAUCCAAGACCCUCCGACGGUGGAUAAACUACAGUGAAAAGUUAGUGACGGCCGACUUGUUAUGUCUGACCAGGUAGCACAGUCAUAUCAUGGCGCCGAUGAGAAAUCUGGACAAUCCGUGCAUUCAUAUCAGUCUGUUUGGAUGGCACAUUGGACACAGACAAGCUUUACUGCAGCACCUUGUGUACAAGAUGGUUUAUCUCUUCGUGUUGAGAGCAAUCAUUAUCGUGAUUCUCCAUCUGCCAAGGGAUUUACAGAAGUCACUGAAGCCAGAACUGUGAGAAUCCUGAACGAGGGAAGUUCAAAAAAUUUGAUCAAUGAAAGAUUAGAUUGCCCACCAUUUCCAAUGUUCAGACUUUGCCAAAAUAUUGGUAGUGGGUUUGAUCCAAAAAAUGACCCGGACGCUUUUUUCAAUGUGCGAGCAUCAAGGCCCCAAAUUGAAAGCAAUGUUGAGGCAACUCAGAUUCUGCCCUACAGAUUUGGCAAAGGAAAAGCUCCAGUGUCUUCAUCAUUCACGAGUAGACAAGAACUUAACCAACUAAGCUCUGUUUUAGCAUCCAAAGACCACUUAUCGAGUAUUAAUUUGACAACUUUUGGACAUGAGGGCCCUGGUUAUAAUGGUCCUUCUGCACUUUUGGUUGGUGAGAAGAAACUGGAUAACCACUCAACCCUUGUGAAAUCUGGAACUUCUGUCUCGGGGUGGAGAAAUGCAUGCCAGUCGCUACUGGAUCCCUUUGCAGGAAAUUACCGUUUGCCGAUACUUUUUGGAGAUUGCUCCAAGAAGGUGGAAACACGUGUUCCUAAUUGUUUUCCUAGCAGUAGCAGUCCCCCCCCAGAAGCAACAAAAACAGACAGUUUCCAUGGGGGUUACUCUUUGCAAAAGAUGCCAAGUUAUGCCCAUAAUAUGGAAAGUAUGAGAAUUUGUAGUACAAAAUCUACAGAGGGGUUUGGUGGAGGUCCUGGCGCAUUUUCUCAGACAACUCGUAAUUUGUUAUGCAUGAAGAAGGCAGAUGUUAACUUGUCCGGAGAGAAGCAGAUAUUCAGAGAGUCAAAUGUAUCUUCCAAACUAAAAAGAAAUAUGUUUGGUGAACUACUCAGUUUAUCUCAGCCUUUGGGUCAGAACCCACAUACAUUAAAGCUUCAGCCUCUUGGUUGCUCCGCUGAGAGUGAGGGGGCAAAUAAUACUGAAGUUGAAGCUCCUGAAGUUCUUUUAAAGAAUGAAUCAUCGGCCGAGACUGAUACCAUGGACAUGGAUGCUUACAAGGAGCAGAACUAUCGUUCAGGUGUAAAUUUUUCCCUCUCCAACAAGGAUAUCAUGACGGGCCAAACGCCACCAUUUCAACCUACAAUUACAUCAACUAGAGAGGAAGUCGGACACAGAUGGCCUAUCACAACGUUACCUGAUAUCAAUGAAGAAGUUCCUGUCCUUCCAGUUGCAGGAAGCUCAUUGGACAAUGAGGAGCCCACCACUUCAAGAACUCAGAGUUUGGAUGCACAACACCUCCUUUCCCAUACUGAACAUCCCACUCAAUCAAAAUCAGCUCAUUGCCCUGAUGAUCCCACAAGGCUAGAACCGGGCAGCAGAUGGCUUAAGCGUUUCAAGUUGAGUGCCUCAGAUUCAUUUGUACUCGGCACUAAAAGCUCAAAUUUGGGUGAACUGCCAUCUCAUGAAAAGGUAAAUAAAUUAUUCGGCAAAAUUUUCGAAGGCAGCAAAAGUAGCAGCUCGGAGACAAUGUCCCAUAAAAAUCAUGGCAAAGAAGAGAGAGCCAAAGAUCAGACUGCAAUUGUAUUGCUGAAUGGUGAGUCAUCUUCUGCGGAAACAGCAAAGAAGGGUCAAGAUAUACUUCUUUCAAAUCCUUGGAUAAAAAGGUGGUGUCGUCAUGGAACUCAUCAGACAAAAAAGGCUGAAGCAAUGGUAGUUUGUGAACCACUGAGUACGAAGAUGGAAUUUGAUGACCUUCAAAAUAAGCAGUUUCCGAGUAUUGCUGCUAUGGCUCUGAUGGGGAAGGCCAUGAGUGGUUUUCAACCAUGUAAAUUCCAGAGAAGGGGUUCAUUUGUAAUUUGGAAUUCCAAAUGCUUCUGAAGGGACUUGCCCGGAGGAACUUGUACUGGGAAUCACAGGGUGAGCAUAAUCUCUUGGUUGACUAAGAUUUAAAUCCUGUUAAUGGGAAGUUUUUAGAGUCAGAAUUCAGAAAGAUUGAUUCCCAUAGGUACUUCUUUGACCUCUUUGAUAUUUGGUUCCCCCCUUUUUUUUUUCCCUCAAGAGGAAUUAGGGUAAGGGACUCUAGGUCGAUGAGAAUUUCUGAAGAUUCCUUGAAUUUCAAUAAUGUGCUCGUCUUGCCUCGACAAAAAUGGGAAAAAAAAAAAAAAUGGUACGUGCGGUUCCUUGCUUGAAAAUGUUGGAGGACCAACUUUUGAAGGAUGUGGUGACAAGUAGUGGCAGAUUGUUAUUUAUCCUUAACAAUGCUAUGGGUGAUAAUGCAUCUUCUUCUUCUCCACCAGCAAAUUUCUCCUUUUUUUUUUUUUUUUUGAUCCGCAGCAAAUUUCUCCUUCAAAGAUGCUAUUUGCUGUAACAUUUCCCUAAAGCUGCAGGCCGAAUUGUGAGUUUUCAUCUUGUUUUCAGUUGCUCUUGCUGGGCAGAUGUGUUUAGCUCAAGUGAGUGACGAGUUGACAUCUCUUGGUUUUUGUCUCUGUUAAGAGUGACAUGUAAAUGUAAUGUAAUUGCAAGGCUAUUUUCAUGAUGGCUCAAUAACUAUGUCGCAAAUUCUAAUUUCUAAGAUCUGUCAUCAUGAAUAUUCAUUUUGGAGUUA